ACUCUGAUUAUUUUUUAAUGUUUUUUUUUAUUGAUGUCUCUGAUGUUUUCAAUGAAAUCCUAAGUUUUAUUUUUGAAAUUAAUAACAAAUUGAAUAAAACUUUUAACAUAUUUAAUGUAAACUUAAAAAUACAGUUAUGUCGAUUCAUUUGAUGUGCCUUUCAUCUAGCGGAACACCGAUUUUCACUAAAAGAAGAGGUGAAAAUGUGGAGAAUUUGCCGUUUUCUACAGUUGCAUCACUGAACGGUGUCCAUCUUUUCUGUAAAACACAGAAUGUUGGAUUAGAAUUGACGGAAUUCGGUGACAACGGACUUGUGAUAUGGAAGGAAUUUGAAUCAUUACUUUUCAUUGGAAUAUCUACUAAUCUGACGGAAAGAGUUCUGAGAAAUCUGAUAGAAAAAGCUUUUGAGGCAAUGGUUCUUCAUGUCGGCUUAAAUGAAAUCCAACAGCUGAUAAAUAUUGAUUGUUUCAAGAGAGAUUUGAAAAGUUCUUACUUUCAAAUAAUUGAAAAAUUGAUGGAAACUGCAGAAAACGAUUUACUUGACUUCAAUGAAAGUCUUCUUUGUAAUGAGUCAGUUGCCAUUCAUGAGAAACUCCUAACAUUCAGUGAACAAACAUUCUCACCUUAUUGUUUUGUACUGUCAAGACAUCGUUUAAUUUGUGCAAGCGAAGGAUUUUACGAUCUCCAUGUGAGCGACCGAAAGCUUUUAAUUCUUCUCAUAACUCAAUCAAAUGCUCUGCAAAAAGAUUUUCCAGUUUUCCUACCGCACAAAUCACCAACAAUUGCAUAUCGAUUAAUAUCCUUGCCAAUAAUUCAAGGUGUAUCAGUUGGAUUAAUUUGUGGUGCGAAACCUGCUUAUAAUGAACUCGAAGUUCUUAGCCAAGCUUUCUGGCAAGAUCAUUACGAACUUCUAGUAUCCGCCGAAAUAAAUAAUCCAAGAAACUUUCCACCCACCAUAGAACUUGAUUCCUCUGUUAUCGGAUUUCUUCUUAUCAACAGUAGACUUAAGAAAUAUUUCAUCUCUAAAAAUAUUCAACAAGUGGUUGGAAAGCGUAGCUCACAUCGCAUGGACAUUCUUCGAGCAUUCUUCCAUAAAUCUGUUUAUACUGAAGAUUUUGGUGCUCUUUCUGAACCUGUCAAAGUACCGGAACAAUAUUAUACAUCAGAUUAUCAUAAAUGUCAUGCCUUAAUCAAAGAUGAAUGCAUUCUUUGUGUAUUGUUUGUAUCAGCAGUUCCAACACACACAAUGAAGUUUAUUAGUGAAGAUUUACUUGUUAAAUUGCUAAGUGAAAAAUCAUUUACAUUAUAAUACAUACUUUUUAUUAAUAUGUAAAUUUAUCCGUCCAAUAUUCUUUUAAAUCACAAUGAUUUAGAUAUAUUUUUAUAUUAUUCUUUACACAUAAUUUUAAACUUAAA